UUUUUUUUUUUUUUUUUUUUUUCUCCAAAACUUCAAAACUCGUUCACUUCACUUGCUGUUCAGCGCACAGCACACGCUUGUGAAACUGGGUGAGGAAGGGGGACGCGACUUUUUUUCUCCCCCCCCCCUCAAAAGCACAGCACCGACGUUUGCUCCUCUUCGACUCCGUUGGUCUGUGCCUCUCUCACUCACACUCACUCCACAUACGUCUGAGCUCGCUCAAUCUCGUUCCAUUCCUUCGACCGCUUCUCUCUCUCUCUCUCCUCAGUGUUCAAACCCACUUCACAUCUCUCUUUCUCUUUUAUCUCGCUUGCAAUGUCAGCCGAGCACGACGACUUUGUUGCAGCACUGACGCGCGGCGCUGCUCCUGGUGCUGCUGGUGCCAGCAGCAGUCGGCCAGUCCAAGCGCCCACUUCGCCUGGCUCGCUCACCAAGAGCCCGCUCUCGUCGGGGUCCCCUGCGCCGGCUGCAGGAGCAACAGCAUCAUCAUCAUCCACAUCAGCAGCAGCAGCAGCAGCAGCAUCACCAUCAGCAGCAUCGUCACCGUCAGAGUUUAACAUUGAGGCCGAGAUUGCUGCGUUGCGGGUGGAGGACUUUGUGCGCGAGACGGGUCUGAAUGGCGACCUGGUCUCGGAUCUGUGGACGCUCUGCUACAACCGGAAUGAGCUCAAGCUGUACCAGAAAAAGUUCAGCAAGCCGUACAUUUGCACGCGCGAGCUCAAGCGGAUUCAUGCUGCCGGCGCGACCGUCGUCCGGCUGCUCGAGGACUUUUCGGUCAAGCGUCGCAAGUGGGACUCGAAGCUCAUCGAUUCAGAGGUCAUUCAGCAAUUCCCUGCCGAGCAAGCCAAGGUCGUGCGUCUGCAAUAUGCAGCAACGACCGUUCAUAGAGCUCGAGAACUUGUCAUUCUGGAACGCCAAAUCGUCCGGGACAAUGCCACGUUUGUGCUGUUUCGAUCGGUCAACCAUCCAGCGACACCUCGAGUCAGCCGAAUUGUGCGUGCCGAGCUGGGCAUUUCCGGCUACAUGGUGCGCUCGUACGCAGACGCCGCGAGCGGCGACUCGUGCGACGUUGCGUUUCUACAACAGAUGGACCCAAAACACCUCAUCACAUACAACAAUGAGGAGGCCAUGGCCAUCAACGUCGCCAAGACGCUUGGCCUCGAACGCAUCGUGAUGCCUCGCACUGUUGUGACGCCCAUGAGCGACGAGCGCCGACGAGCCAGCAUGAGGCUCGCCAAGAAGAUUGUGCAAAUGCAAGACUAUUUGAACGAGCGACUGGCAACAGAGCGCUCGCCAUCGCCCUCGCCGCAAGUGACCCCGACGCCUGGCUCGCCGACUCCGAGCAGUUCCAUCGAACCCAGCCAAUCCUUGGUGCCUCCUCAACACGCGCCGCUUGGCCGCGUACCCAGCAAGGAAAAGCCGAACGGCUCCUCGCGUCCAGGACUUGGCGCACUCGGGCCACAACUAUCGGUCGAAGAAGCGUCCAGACAAGGCGGCCUGCGGUCGGGGCGCGCCGAUAGCGUGGAUGGCGACAAUUCCGAAGUCUUCCUGUCGCUCCAGGACGUGCUGCAUGGUGUGUUUUCGCGCAUCUACUAUGCGCGCUUCCUGGAGAGCGAGUUUAGCGUCGAAAACCUCGACUUUUGGCUCGCCGUGGAGGCAUUCAAGGCCGCAUACGCCGACGAGACGGACGAAGACUGCCUGUCCCACGCCAUUGAAGUGUUCAGCUCGUACGUCCUGCAGCAGGCGCCGUUCGUUGUCAAUCUGUCCACCCAAGUGCGGUCUGCCCUCAAAGAGUCGUACGACGAGCUGUGUGCCAGCACCGAGCGGCCACCGAUUUCCUUGUUUGACGAUGCCCAAAGACAGAUCUUCAACCUGAUGCGCAACGACACGUAUCGUCGCUUCUUGGACUCGGAGUUGUACGGCGACAUGCUCGAGUACCUGUCGGAAAGUGGCGGCGGGGCGAAUGUGCAUAUUGAAAUGCUGCGCGACUUUGUGGCCGAAGUCGGCGGCUCCACGGCGACGUUGAAAGGGAGCAUUUCCCCUUCAACCUCAGAUCAUGGCCAGCUGUCAUUGGUAGCAAACACCAGCCCUUCCGGGAGUGCUGCAAACUUUGCCAACGCAUUGUCGGUAGGCGCGCAGCAGCAAUCGUCAGCCAAGCAACCUCUUCGCGCGCAAUCAUCCAUGAAUGCAGCCAACACGCCUCACAUUACUCUCAACAAGCGACCCGCGUCGAUGGACGUGAACGAUUUGGUGUGGGCACCGACUGGCGCCGCCUCGAGCUCGAUGAAUCCCAACCCGCCGCACAUUCCCGGUGGCGCUACGGCUUCCGGCAUCCCUGUUGUCUCUGGCAUACGGUGGGUCUUGACCGAGCAUCAUGAUGGCACGGACGUUUUCAAAAAGUUUGAGACCAAGCCUGUCCGCUGUCGCCGCUACCGCCGCGUCAUCAACGCCCCCGAGGCCAAGCUGUGGAAUGCGCUGAUGGACAUGAGCGAAGCACGUGCAAAGUGGAUGCCAAAGUUUGUUAGCGCGCAGGUGGUCGAGAGUCUCAACGAUUGCGUGACCGUCUUCCAUCUCAACCAAGGCCCACCUUUCCACGCGCGUCGUGCGCGCGACUUUUGCGUCCUGCGCGUGGUGCUGCAGAACGACCGCGUGACUGGCGACAAGUACAUUUUGUUCCGCUCCAUCACCCACCGCGCGUGCCCCGAAACCAAAGACGGCGUGCGGUGCAAAAUGUGGACCUCCGGGUUUAUGGUGUCGCCCAUUCCCAACAAGAAGGAUGCGUUUACUGUGGUUUUUAUGCAGCAGGUCGAUUGGCGAAUCACCAAUCUUGAACGGCUAGUGCGCUCCAAUGACGACAAGCUGACUCUGUUCAAUCUCCAGCGCGUGCUGAACGAGUCUUAGAGCUUUGUUGAAGCAUCAAAAUGUUUUUCUUUUCUUGUUUUCUCG